AUGCAUAUGCACCAUCAAUCUCCCCCACGCGCUCCAUUACAGCACAAGGAACGGCUCACUGCACAUGCGGAGGACGACACAGACCAUCUGACGAGAGACGAGAAGGUGGUGGCCAUACACAGCGCUCUGGAGUCCAUGGGCAUUGGCCGGGCCAAUCCAGUGAUGCCCGCCAAUAGGACGACCAGUGCUGAGCUCCUGGCCAUGGGCGAAGCUCGGUCUGAGGGACGACCAAUGUCAUCAUCAUCCAGCAAGCGCAAAGCCUAUGCCAAGUCAAAGGCCACAAGAGAGGGCAGCAGUGGGUCACUGGAAAUCCUCGGGCACUUCUCCCGCCAGGGCAGCAGCCAUGCCCUUCAGGCGGAGAACCCGAGGGAAAGUCUCGUG